CCAUGAUCACCCGCCGCUUCUUCUCCACGACUGUCCGUCGCAUGACCGUGGACACCGCCUCCAAGGCGGAGCUCCAGUCCGAGUCCAAGCGCAACCCCGAGAUUUAUAUCCUCGGUGGAGUUAUGGUUGCCGCUCUGGGUGGUGCCGGCUUCUACUUCGGCCGAUCUCCCACCCACGCCACCUCUGAGUCUCCCGUCAACGUCGCCAGCAUGGCCUGGGAAGGCGAGGGCAAGGGCAAGUACCAGUACCACCCCGGUGGUGACCCCAACGCUGCUCCCCGUGAUGCUCCCAGCGCCCUCAACGUUGUCAUCAUCCCCAACGUCACCGCUCCCAAGGAGUACCACGACAAGUUCAACAAGUGGGGCAAGGAGGGAUACCCUUAAAGGGUGGAAUGCGCACAUGGAAACUGUGAGCAACGAUGGAAACGGUAGAAGCGGGCAUUCUUGUAUUUAAAUGAGGCGUGUUCGCCUGUGUAGACAUAUGGGUGGUGGUGGUGGGAUGUGUCAUGGUUUUUAAAACAAAACGAUGAUGAACCUGAAAAAGAAGGAGAAG